AUGGAUUCAGGAUAAUAUGAUCACUUAUUUAAAAUUCUAUUGAUUGGUAAUUCAGGUGUAGGCAAAACUUGCAUGCUCAUGCGUUAUUCAGAAAACUAAUUUACCUACAAUUUCUAUAAUACUAUCGGAGUCGACUUCAAAAUUAAAGCUUUAAGGUUAGAAGACAAGAAUAUUAAACUUCAAAUCUGGGAUACUGCUGGACAAGACCGUUUUAGAACUAUUACCUGUAGUUAUUAUAGAGGUGCUCAUGGCAUUUUGAUUGUUUAUGACAUUACUGAAAGGGAAUCAUUUGAUAACGUUAAGACAUGGAUGGUAGAAAUUGAAAAGCAUGCCAAAAAAGGAGUAUAAAAAAUGUUAAUUGGUAAUAAAUCUGAUUGUAGUAAUAGAGCUGUUUCUUACGAAGAAGGAUUUGAAUUAGCUAAAUAAUACUAAAUACCUUUUGCUGAAACAUCAGCCAAAAAUGCCAGCAAUAUAGAUUUAGCCUUCACUAAUCUUGCUAAGAAUAUCUUGGGUAGUGGUUAAGUUUUGAAUACUGCACCUUCAUAGGGAAUGAAGAUUCAAUAAAAUAAAUACAAUACUUAAUAAAGUGGCUCCAGACAAGUUCAACAAAACUAAAAGAAUUAGGGAGAUGAUUGCUGUUGA